AUGCUCCGCUUCGCAGUUCUGACGGCUGCAUUUUAUUGUGCUUCUGCACAGUACGGUGCACCAGAGACACAAAGUGAUCCAGCACCAGUACAGUACGGUGCACCUGCACAACAACCACCAGUACCAGUCAUUCUUCAGCCAGUUUAUCUUCCAGAAGUUCCAGCAUCACAUGAAAUUCUUGUUCCUCGACGACGACACCGUCAUUCGCGUUCACGCUCUCAUUCACGAUCGAAUUCUCGUGAGAGAAGAUGUAAUCGUUGCCGAAAACUGAGCUCGUACUGUGGUUUCGGAGGCAAUCAGAAUUGUUACAGACCCUUCAUUGAAUACGACCGUGACAGAGACUGCGAACGUGCUAUUGUGACUUGUGGUGUCCAAAAUAAUAACGUGUACCUUGUGGCUGAUGACCAGCAUACGCUCAGUUACGGUAAAGGAAUCGAAGUUGUGUUAAAAUGUAACAAGAGGGGAAGAUGGACAACAAGGGACAUGUACGGUAACGAUGUGGAUGUUCGCAGUGUUGCUUGUUACACUCAGAAAAUGUGGGUUAUACUCAUUCUCAUAGAGGUAUCAUCAUCAUUAUGUUCAAAUAUCGUUCAAAAACCAGGAUUCCAUCCAUACGAUGGUUCCAAUCUAGCAGAAGCUGCAAUUCCUCACUUUGAUUUUGGAAAGGACAAGGAUACCGUGCAGUCCACGACCACAAUGCCAAGGAUGGAUCCAUUUCCUUCGACUUUUGGUACAAACUCAGUAUUGGAUACCGAUCCAGAGAUUUCAGAGAAUAACCGAAGACAGGUAAUGGGUCCCGGUCCUGCCAUUCUGCCCAAUCGAAGAGAAGAAAUGGGACCUGGUCCAGUGAUCCCGCCCGAUCCAGGAAAUGAAAGGGGACCUGAUCGAAAGCAAGAGAUGGGUCCUGGUCCAGUGAUCUUUCGAGGUAGAAGGCGAGAGAUGGGCCCUGGUCCGGUAAUUCUGCCAGAUGGAAAAAAUGAAGUGGGUCUUAGUCCAGUGAUAUUUCCAGGUAGAAGGCAAGAGAUGGGACCUGGUCGGGUAAUUCUGCCAGAUCGAAGAGAUGAAAUGGGUCCUGGUCCAGUGAUAUUUGCAGAUCGAAAAGAUGAAACGGGUCCUGGUCCAGUGAUCCUUCGAGGUAGAAGGCAAGAGAUGGGUCCCGGUCCAGUGAUCAUUCCAGAUCGAAGAGAUGAAAUGGGUCCUGGUCCGGUAAUUCUGCCAGAUCGAAGAGAUGAAAUGGGACCUGGUCCAGUAAUCCUGCCAGAUGGAAAAAACGGAAUGGGUCCUGGUCCAGUGGUCUUUCCAGAUCGACGAGAUGAAAUGGGACCUGGUCCAGUGAUCUUUCCAGAUCGAAGAGAUGAAAUGGGUCCUGGUCCGGUAAUUCUGCCAAAUCGACGAGAUGAAAUGGGACCUGGUCCAAUAAUCCUGCCAGAUGGAAAAAAUGAAAUGGGUCCUGGUCCAGUGGUCUUUCCAGAUCGACGAGAUGAAAUGGGACCUGGUCCAGUGAUCCUUCGAGGUAGAAGGCAAGAGAUGGGUCCCGGUCCAGUGAUCAUUCCAGAUCGACGAGAUGAAAUGGGUCCUGGUCCGGUAAUUCUGCCAGAUCGAAGAGAUGAAAGGGAACCUGGUCCAGUGAUCUUUCCAGAUCGAAGGCAAGAGAUGAGAUCUGGUCCUGUCAUUCCGUCCAAUCGAAGAGAAGAAAUGGGACCCCUUCCAGUGAUUCCGCCCGAACGACGAGAUGAAAUGGGACCUGGUCCAGUGAUCUUUCCAGGUAGAAGGCAGGAAAUGGGACCUGGUCCGGUAAUUGUGCCAGAUCGAAGAGAUGAAAUGGGACCUGGUCCAGUAAUCCUGCCAGAUGGAAAAAACGGAAUGGGUCCUGGUCCAGUGGUCUUUCCAGAUCGACGAGAUGAAAUGGGACCUGGUCCAGUGAUCUUUCCAGAUCGAAGGCAAGAGAUGAGAUCUGGUCCUGUCAUUCCUUCCAAUCGAAGAGAAGAAAUGGGACCCCUUCCAGUGAUUCCGCCCGAACGACGAGAUGAAAUGGGACCUGGUCCAGUGAUCUUUCCAGAUCGAAGGCAAGAGAUGAGAUCUGGUCCUGUCAUUCCGUCCAAUCGAAGAGAAGAAAUGGGACCCCUUCCAGUGAUUCCGCCCGAACGACGAGAUGAAAUGGGACCUGGUCCAGUGAUCUUUCCAGGUAGAAGGCAGGAAAUGGGACCUGGUCCGGUAAUUGUGCCAGAUCGAAGAGAUGAAAUGGGACCUGGUCCAGUAAUCCUGCCAGAUGGAAAAAACGGAAUGGGUCCUGGUCCAGUGGUCUUUCCAGAUCGACGAGAUGAAAUGGGACCUGGUCCAGUGAUCUUUCCAGAUCGAAGGCAAGAGAUGAGAUCUGGUCCUGUCAUUCCUUCCAAUCGAAGAGAAGAAAUGGGACCCCUUCCAGUGAUUCCGCCCGAACGACGAGAUGAAAUGGGACCUGGUCCAGUGAUCUUUCCAGGUAGAAGGCAGGAAAUGGGACCUGGUCCGGUAAUUGUGCCAGAUCGAAGAGAUGAAAUGGGUCUAAGUCCAGUGAUUCCGCCCGAACGACAAGAUGAAAUGGGACCAGGUCCAGUAAUUUUGCGGAAGCAAAGAAAAGAGACAGAUCCUCUUCCAGUGACUUCGACAGAUCGAAGGCAAUCAGGUCCAGUUAUUUUCCCACACCCGCACAAAGGAAAUUCAUUUAUUCCUCUUCCUGAGCAACAAGAUCCUGUGAUUUUUGGAGCAUACCAUCCCGAGAUGGGACUACGCCCAACGAUUGCUCAAGAAACAAUCAAAGUUGGUGUUAGAGCAACUAAUCUUCCAAAAUCAAGUCUACGUAGUUCUGGUCCAACCGUUCCCUCUUCAUCGACGCAGAGGGAAGCAGGACUAGUGCUUUCUCCAUAUUCUAAUCUAGGACCCUUAAUAAUAACUCGACCUCCACCAACGGUUAAAAUACCCGUGCAGCGGACUCCCCUCCAACCUCUGCAUUCGAAUCGGUUUGACAAUUUCUAUCUGCGCUCAACCCUUCAUCCCAGACGAGUUACGAACAUGGCAACAUAUCCACGUUCAACUAGCAAACAACGAAUUCGAAGUAAAAGCUUAAGCAUUGCUUAG